AUGCCGCUCCAGCUCCGGCCGGGAGCUCCGGUCUUACGCGACCCAAGAAGGCCAACAACUUCAUUAUCCCGACACGUACGAUGUGCGCAAAGCAUACGCAAAGACGAAUUAGACGUGAGGAUAAGAUGGCAGCAACGAGCACUCUACCACUCUACGGACCUGAGAUCCUCGGCCUUUGGCGCAGCCGUUGCCGUCGCCAAGAACGCCGUCAGUAAUGCGAUUUCACGAGGGAAGCCCAACGACAUGAGCAUCGACCCUCUGAGGAUUGUGGCAAAGGAGAUGAAGUUUUUGACUGGGAACAUCCGCAACCUGCUGGGAUCAGGACACCCCUCGCUCGACCGAGUUGCAAAAUAUUACACCCAGGCAGAAGGGAAACACAUGCGCCCCUUGAUCGUGCUGCUCAUGUCGCGGGCCACAUAUCUGUGUCCCAAGGCCCCCAUACCGCCACCCAACCAGCAAAAUGCCUCUCCAAUACAGUCAAUACCCAUCAACACGUCCAUAUCACCCAUGUCCAUCCUCCGCGACGUGAAUCCAUCCACCACAACGCCAACACCCACAGAGACCGACGCCACAUCCGAGACAGACAUCCUCCCUUCCCAGCGGCGGCUCGCAGAGAUAACCGAGCUCAUCCACACCGCGUCCCUCCUCCACGACGACGUCAUCGACCACUCCGUCUCCCGCCGCGGCUCCCCGAGCGCAAACCUCGAGUUCGGCAACAAAAUGGCCGUCCUCGCUGGCGACUUUCUUCUCGGGCGUGCGUCCGUCGCCCUCGCGCGCCUCCGGAACGCCGAGGUCGUCGAGCUGCUGGCCACCGUCAUCGCGAAUCUCGUAGAGGGCGAGUUCAUGCAGCUCAAGAACACGGCGCAGGACGAGGCCCGGCCGCAGUGGAGCGAGGACACCCUGGGCUACUACCUCAACAAGACAUACCUCAAGACGGCAUCCCUGAUCAGCAAGAGCUGUCGCGCCUCUGCCCUGCUUGGCGGGGCGAGUGCCGAGACCGUGGAGGCGGCGUACGCGUACGGCAAGAACCUUGGACUGGCGUUCCAGCUGGUUGACGACAUGCUGGACUACACCUUGUCUGCCGCGGACCUGGGCAAGCCGGCAGGUGCGGAUCUCGAGCUCGGUCUCGCGACUGCGCCAUUACUCUUCGCAUGGAAGACGAGGCCAGAGCUGGGAGAGCUGGUAGGGAGGAAGUUUGCUGGUGAGGGCGAUGUUCUGAGAGCGCGACAACUCGUCCUCGAAACAGACGGUAUCAACCAGACACGAGCGUUGGCGGAGGACUACGCUGAGAAGGCCAUCCAGAACAUCAGCGAUUUCCCCGACAGCGAGGCCAAGGAUGGGUUGGUGGAGAUGGCUGUCAAGACCAUCAAGAGGCGGAAGUAG